AUGAAUUUAACAAUGCAACAACCAAUAUCUUAUCCAUUUUAUAUGGAGUCACCUCGCCUUCGAUUUUCUCUUCCAUGGUCUCCAAAUCCUUUUCAAUAUCCAACUCAUUCUCAACAAUAUUUUUCUUCAUCAUAUCCAGCACAUCCACCUAUAUCUUAUCCAUUACCAUUUAUACUAUCUCAUCCACCACAUCAUAAUCCACCUUCAAAACCUUCACAACCAUUUUCAUCAUAUUCUAAUACACGUUACAAUCAUUUAAAACAAUCUACAAGUCAUAUGAAUCGUCAUCGUUCUAUUGAUACACCAUUACAUUCUCAACGUUAUUCCAUAGCAAAUCAUCCAUAUCAAUCAUCAAAAACAAAAUCUAUGUCGAAUUUUCAACAAAAUUCAACAAAUUUACUUAAAGCACAUUCAUGGCAUUCAAUGAAUCAUUUAUAUCAAUCAAAUUUGAAUAUGAAUUAUGAAAAAGAAAUGUCUUUAAAUCAUGAAAAUCAUUAUUAUAAUUCAUAUUUACCAAAACAAAAUAAACAAUUACAUAAAAGACAUUUAUCAUCAUCACCAAAACGAAAACAAACUUCUAAACAAGAUAUUGUUCGUAUAACAACAUUAGAUGAAAUACCAAUUAUUAAUAAUCCAAUAUAUCAAGAAGAUACAAUAAAUUCUAUUAAAAAUAAAAAUCGAUCUACUCCAAUAAUUUCUACUAAACAACCAUCACCAUUAUCAUCAUCAUCAUCAUCAUCAUUAAGUACUUGUAGUAGUCAUUCAUCAUUACAAAAAAUUUUAAAUGGUUCAUUACGUCAUGAUCCAUUAUUGAAUGCUGCUAUGGAAGAUUUCCGACAACUUCGUCAAACAUCAAGUCGAAGUACAUCAUUAACUCCUCAUCAUCGAGAUUUAAGUCGUGAUAGUCUCUGUUCUGGUUCAACACAUCAUUUAUCAGCAGCAAGAUCUCGUAGUCGUAGUCAUUCAAGUUUUACAUCACUUGAACGUUUAGAAAUUCGAAAUUUAAUAAAAACUCUUAAAACAAAUGGUUUACAAUCAUUAAAUAUUCCUGUUCAAUUAUUACCAAAUUCUUUACAAUCAACAGAGAAAUUUUUAAAUAAAAAAACAUCAUCAUCAAUAUUAACAAUAAAUAAACCAGAAAAAUCUUCAAUUACUGAAGAAUUAGAACGAGAAUUCAGUAAAUUACGUUCAAAUAAUCCAAAUCAAGAAUUAAUCUAUGUUAAACCAUCAUUAAUUAAAAAAGAAAAAAAAUCAAAUUCAUCAUUAUCAAUAGAUGAUAAAAGUUUAAAUAAAAGACAACAUGAAACAAAUGAUUCAUCAAUAUUAAAACACAUCAAUGAAAAGACAUAUAAAAAUCCAAUAUUAUCAAUUCCUAUAUCACAAAUUAGUCCAAAACAUUCAUCUAAGGUAUCACCUAAUGAUGAAACAAAUUAUACAGAAACAAAACCUGAAUAUGCAAUACCAAUUAAAAAAAAUUCUGAUGUUAAUCUUCGAUCAAUAAAAAAAGACGAACAAAUACGUAGUUUUAGUUUUUGUAAACCAAUAAGUGAUAUUGAUAAUGAAGUACGUCAGACACGUCCAUUAUCAAUGUUUAAUUGGUUACAUUGUGGUUUAACAAAUCCAUUUCCUACAACAUUUCAACCAAUUAGAAUUACAAAUAAUAAUAAUAAUAAUAAUAAUAAUGAAUAUGAAAAAUCAUUAGUUAAAGAAAAUAUAUAUGCAUCUGAUAUUGAUGUACAUAUACCAUUACCUGAUGACAAAGAUUAUCUUAAUAAUCAAACAUUAAUGACAGAUUAUUUAUCCGAUUAUAAACAAACAACAAAUAGUUCUUCAAUAUUUAGUGAUCUUUCACGUUUAUUUACACGUUUCGGUAAUAAUAAACAUGAACAUAAAAGUAAAUGUAAAAGAAAAUUACAUAAAAAUAAUAACAAUUUACGUUGUUCAAUUAUGUAA